GGGGAGGAAGUAGGAAGAAGAGAGAAAUUAAGUGAUUCUCCGGAGUCAUGCUGAAGAAGCCUGUCUUAAAGAGAAGAACAGGUGGUUACGGCGUUGCUGUGGUUGGUAUGAUGCUCCUCUGACAUUGGCCGCACCUUGCCGCCGUGGAUACAGUACUGAAGACCAAGAACAUGAAGACACGAAGAAGAGGAAGGAGAGAAGUGAGUCAGAACAACCCUUGGUUGGUUGCUGAGCUUCUGAAGGUCAGCUGAGUCAUUCGUCCUGCGUCUCGAGUCCCUGGAGGAGGCCUCCUCAUGGAAGCACAUGCACGCUGCUGAGUGGACUGGUGCUUCUACUGCUUGAAAGUGUGUGUCCGUCCCUCCUCCCUGGCCCCCGGGCAGCCCACGCUGUCUCCCCCCGGCUCUCCUCUCCAGGCUUGCUUAUCAGCCCAUCAUCAGCCAGCCCAGCCUGGAGCCUCAAACACAGCCCUAGCGCCACCACACAACCUGCCCUCAGGUUCACUCAGCCUAGCCCCAGUAACCCACAGACCUACACUUCAGAUCAAGACCCUGGCCCCAGCCCAGCCCAAUCCAGUCCAGCCCAGGCUGCUGACCAGCCACAGAGCGAGGCCUAGAGCCUGCUUUGCCAAGCAGCAGUCCCUCAGGCAUGUCCGGCACCAGCCCCUUCUUGGCACAGGUCUGUGGACAGGCUCAGAAGCAGUGGGCAUAACGUGGGAGCCUGCUGGGGGACUCUGAGCUGUGAGAAAACUGAACAGGAAGUCUCUCCCUGGAUGGUGAUGAAAACUUCAGUGAGGUUCAGCGUUUUCUCCCCAGAGACUGAGAGUGAGGACAGCCUGACGCUAUGCAUCGGUGAGCCAUGCGGAGGGCACCUGGAUGCCAGUGACGCUGGCUACAUCACCAGCCCGGGGUACCCUCUGGAGUAUCCACCCCACCAGAACUGUCGCUGGAUCAUCACGGCUCCAGAGCCCUCCCAGCGCAUUGUCCUCAACUUCAACCCCCACUUUGAGCUGGAGAAGCUGGAGUGCAGGUAUGACUUCAUCGAGAUCCGUGAUGGCAACUCGGAGAACGCAGACCUGCUGCUGAAACACUGCAACAACAUCGCUCCUGCUCCCAUCAUCUCCUCCGGCCCGGUCCUCUACAUCAAGUUUGUUUCGGACUACGCCCACCAGCUGGCUGGCUUCUCUCUGCGCUACGAGAUCUACAAGACAGGGUCCGACUGCUCUCGUAACUUCACCAGUCCCUCGGGCAUCAUCGAGUCCCCCGGCUUCCCUGACAAGUACCCCCACAACCUGGAGUGCUCCUUCAUCAUCAUCGUGCCCCCCAGCAUGGACGUCACCCUCACCUUCCUGACCUUCGACCUGGAGAACGACCCCCUGCCUGGAGGAGAGGGAGACUGCAAAUAUGAUUGGCUGGAAGUGUGGGAUGGCUUGCCUCAAGUGGGCCCUCUGAUUGGCCGAUACUGUGGCACCAAGAUCCCUCCGGAGAUCCAGUCGUCUACAGGGAUCCUGUCUCUGUCCUUCCACACAGACAUGGCCGUGGCCAAGGACGGCUUCUCCGCCAGAUACAACAUGACACACAAGGAAGUCACUGACACGUUCCACUGCAGUAACGCGUUCGGGAUGGAGAAGGGGAAGAUCUCAGACGACCAGAUCUCCGCCUCGUCCUCCUUCUACGACAACCGCUGGUUGCCACGGCAAGCACGCCUCAACUACGACGACAACGCCUGGACCCCCACUGACGACAGCAACAAGGAGUUCAUCCAGAUGUUCCACGCCAACACCGACCCGACGGAGGUGGUUCUGAACCGCAUCCCCCAGCCCGUCCUCGCCCGCUUCGUACGCAUCCGGCCCCAGACCUGGGAGAACGGCAUCGCCCUGCGCUUCGAGCUCUACGGCUGCCAGAUCACCGAUGCCCCUUGUUCGGAGCUCCAGGGCAUGAUGUCAGGACUUCUGCCCGACUCCCAGAUCUCUGCCUCCUCCAUGAGGGACAUCCAUGGCUCCAUGGGCGCGGCGCGGCUGGUGGCCAGCAGGUCAGGCUGGUUCCCCAGCCCCACGCAGCCCCUGGCUGGGGAGGAGUGGCUGCAGGUGGACCUGGCUGUACCCAGGACGGUGAGUGGCAUCAUCACCCAGGGGGCGCGCAGCGUGGAGGGCAGUACCAGCGCUGAGAACAGGGCCUUCGUCAGGAAGUACAAACUGGCGCACAGCCUGACAGGCAAGGACUGGACCUUCAUCCAGGACAUCAAGACUGGCCAUGCCAAGAUUUUCGAGGGAAACAUUCACUAUGACACGCCCGAGGUGCGGCGGUUCGAGGAGCUGGUGGCCCAGUUCGUGCGGGUCUACCCAGAGAGGUGGUCCCCCGCUGGGAUCGGCAUGAGGAUGGAGGUGCUGGGGUGCGACCUGCCAGAAUCCACGACUGUACCUGACACGGCCACGCCCACCUUGCCCAGAAUAGAGGACACCACUGCUGCCCUCAGACCAGUGACCAGUCCGUCCUUCCAGGGUGGUCUGUGUGACUUUGAGCAGAGUCUGUGUGGCUGGACCACUGACCCCAGGUCUGACCUCAGCUGGUCUGUUCACACGGCCAACAGCUCUCCUGGACCUGGCACCAGCCUGGACCUGGCUCUGGCAUCUGACGACGUUGGCAACUUCCUGCGCAUGGACGCGAGCGGCCGUCUGGAGAGGCAGCGAGCCCGGCUGGUGAGCCCAGAGGUGGGGCCUGAACAAGGGCAUCUGUGCCUGCUGUUCUCCUACCAGCUGCAGGGGGAGGCCCAGGGCAGCCUGAGGGUGCUGCUGCAGGACAGUGACCAGGAGGAGACCCUGCUCUGGGCCCUCCGGGGAGACCAGGGCUCCCUCUGGAAAGAGGGCCGCACCAUCCUGCCUCAGUCCCCCAAAGAGUAUCAGGUUGUCAUCGAGGGCUUCUUUGAGCAUGGAGGCAGGGGACACAUCUCCGUAGACAACAUCCACAUGAGCUCCACCACUGAGCUGGAACAGUGCACACAACCCUUCGCUGCCUUCCCUCCUGACAUGACCGCAGGGGGGGCCCUACCUGCCGGCAGUGAGCCCACCGUAGACACAGUGUCAGUGCAGCCCAUCCCUACCUUCUGGUAUUACGUAAUGGCCGGCGCGGGCGCCCUCUUGCUCCUGGCGUCUGCCACGCUGAUCAUGGUGCUGUGUUGCUACCGCUACCGCCUGGCAGCCAAGAAGACCCAACACACCGUGUCCUACCAGAGCCACCCCAACCACCUCCACUACCACAGCAGUGGACUGGCUGGCCCAGGCCUCGAACCCAUGCUCUCCAUCAGGAUGGAGAAGGAUGAGCACCCCUGCUCCCAGGAUCAGAGACCUGUGGACUUUGGGAAAGAUCCGUUCAACGAGGGAAAAGAGCGUGUAAACGGAGGUUUCUCCUUCCCGGAGUGGAGCACGCCCAACCCCUCCCUGGACCCCCCCGUGACGCGGGUGUCAGAGAAGGACAACUCGUGGCUGUACACGCUGGACCCCAUCCUGGUCACCAUCAUCGUCAUGAGCUCGCUGGGCGUGUUGCUAGGCGCCGUGUGCGCCGGCCUGCUGCUCUACUGCACGUGCUCCUACAGCGGCCUGUCGUCACGCAGCUCCACCACGCUGGAGAACUACAACUUUGAGCUGUACGACGGCAUCAAGCACAAGGUCAAGAUCAAUCAGCAGCGGUGCUGCUCCGAGGCCUGAGGGGCUGAAAACACACACUCACACACACACACCACCCACACAUUCGACCGACCACCACCUCGGAACCCUCUGGGUCACCCGCCAAACGCCAACCGGCCCGUUGACCCUCCGGGGUUUUCUCAUUGCCCUCUAACCCCACCCCCUACACCACCUGCCCGCGCCCCCCUGCACCCCGCCUGCCCCCUGCCUCCGUCCCCUCCUCAGCCUGCAGGAGUCCCCUGCUCGAAUUAAGCCUGUCAAUAAACCAGACUGACUUGCUAAAUGACCCACUACACGGCCUCUGACCUGGACCUGUGCUGAGCCUGGACCCAGACUCGGACCUGUGACCAAGCAGAGACAAGGACCUCAAGUCUAGGCAGUAGGCCGUUUUCGUGGGAUGUGACAGAGAUAUCCAAACAUAUCAAUCUUAAUGCCUAUCCCCCCAAAAACGGAAAACAAAACAAGAAUUUCUAGAUUUGUAAAGACGACACGUUUUUUCGUUUGGUUUACGGAGGUUAGAUAUGAGUUGUGAGCCUGGAGUGUUUUAGAGUAUUGCUAGCUUUGCCAGCGCUGCGCUUGCGUUUUGUGAACUCAGUGGCAUAGAGGAACUAUCGUGGACUGAUUCUGUUCUGUUCUAGACCCGUGUCUUAACCCCAAAACAGUUUGUAGCGCCCGCCCUGUAGACUGUGUGUGUCAUCUCUAGACCUUCUCUCGUGUGUCCACUCUUACGCUUCAGUUCAUCUCGUCUUUUUAGCAUUAUGGAUGUUUUCAUUACAGACUGUGAGAAGUGUCUUUAAAUGAGUAGAGCUGCAAAAUACAGAAAGAAUACAACUUUAUCUAACAUAUUGGAUACUUAACGGCUGUUUGCGUAAGAUUAGAUUCAGUGUUAGCAUCGUCUUUUUUGGUAUUGUUUGCUUUUUUUUGACCGUAUGAUCUCAAUCCGCGCGGCGCUAUGCCGUGUUUUAUUGCAACCUAUGGAUUGCCGAGGGUUGGAGAGAGCCAUGGAGCUAGCUCCACAGGAACUGCAUGUUCUCAAGGGAGAAGGAACUCACUACUGAGAAAGACUGACAAAAUAAAAGAGAGAGAGAGACAUUGUCCUCUCUCUCUCUCUCUGUCUCCCUUUUGCAACAUUCCUGAAGUGAACACCCAAACCGCAAAGACAGAAAGGAGGACUAUGGGAGUCUGGGCUGCCCCAGCCUCUCCUGGACACAUUAUGGAGCCUUAAGCUAUGAGCUACUGGAGGAGAGCCAUUGAGAAAGUGUUCCUGGACGGGCCUCCACUGGAGGCUCGGAGGACCAGGCCUCACACUGACUUCAUCCUGCUUUUCCUUUGCGCCAUUCUCUUCUGUUCGUUUUGGCCAUGAAAAUAGAGGUUAAUCACAAACAGGCUUUUUUUUCCUCUUUUUCUUUUUCUCUCUUUUUUUCCAAUCUAGGUCAUGUUGUUUUGAAAUCUGUUGGGCUGCCCAAAAGGAGAGACAAGGAGAGAGAGAGAAAAGAGAGAGAGUAAGAACUGAAUAUCUCUCCAUUCCAUUACCCAACCUCAGCAAGGAGUCUCUCCCCACCACUCCCCCCCCCUCUCUCUGCUAGUGCAUGCUGGGUAAUCCAUGGUUAUGGAGGAGAUGUGGAGGGGGGGCGUUCUGAGAGUUGAUUAGGAGGUGAUGAAAGACACUGGGGAGGGAGAGAGGAGGGAGGAGAGGGGGGUUUGAAGUAGAGGUGGAGGUGGCCCAUCCAACUCCCUUUUCAAUGGACUCUAUAGACUGUUUUCCAAGUGCCUUGGGGCUCUCUCUCUCCUUCUCUCUCUCCUCCUCUCUCACACUCUCUUGCCUGAUUUAGCUUUCCUUGGAAGCUGUGAUAGUAUUACCUCUUCAGCCGGGUAAGGGGGGGGCUGGAGGAACUCAACGACAUGGAGACCCCGGCACUGGCCAGAUAACUCAACUGAUGUUUGUAGACUUUGUACAGAAAUGUUCUUUUUUAAUGUUAUUAUUAUUAUUAUUUAAAUAAAGGAUGAAUAACAUGUG